AUGGCCGCGGAAGAACUGGACAAGCUGCGCAAAACCCUCCCCCCCUCUCCACUCUCCACCCCCACAAGCAAAAUGCUCCGACGCGUCGCCGGCGCCGUGGCGGCGCCCCUCCGACGCUCCCUCUGCACGGCGGCCUCGCGCUCGCGCCCUCCCUGGGCCCUCACCUAUAGGAUGGCGCCGCUGGGGCAGGGCGCGCGCCCGUCCUUGGACCUCCACGAGCCCCCCUGCGUCUCCCAGCUCUCCGUCCCCGCCCACCUGGCCGACGGCAUGGACUUGGCCGCCGUAAGCAUCCAGGCCGCCAGCUGCGACGGCCUCCUCCUCCUCGACUUCGCCGGCACCCUCCGCGGUGGCCGCGACUACGGCGACAGCCUGCCCGCAGUGGCCGCUUUUGCCGCCGCCUACGAACCGGGCGUCAGGCGCUUCGUCUGCAACCCCCUCAGCGGCCAGCUGUUCCGCCUCCCGCUCCCCAGCAUGGAUGCCGAGAAGACGACCAUGCCCUUCGGCCUGCUCACCCAAUCCGACGGCUCCCACGGCCCGCCUGACAGGUUCGUGGUCGCCCAACUCUGCCUCCGGGAAAGGGACGGCCAAAGGGUCGUGCGCCGCUUUCUGUCCGAAACAGGGGAGUGGGACGAGCCGCCGCUGUUCGUCCCGGCCGAGGCCCCGGGUUGGCGCGCCAUGCCCCUCCACGAGGUGGUGGCGUUCGGCGACCGGCUGUGGUGGCUCGACCCUUACUUUGGCGUCUUCUCUGUCGACCCAUUCAGUGACCGGCCGGAGCAUGGCUUCGUCGCGCUGCCGCGCCCGCUGCCCAACUUUGACAUGGAGGUGCAGCCGGAACUGUACCGGCUCUUGGGUGUCAGCGAGGGGAAGCUGCGCUAUGUCGAAUUGACCAUCAAGGAGCCGUUUAUGCUCUACUCGUUCUCGCUCGACGAUGAGGGAUCCUCCUGGAAGCUAACACAUGAGACGAGAAUGAACCUGGUGUUGCCUGACAAGUCUACACCACGGUUAGACCAAAUGCCGUGGAUUUCUGCAAUUGAUCCAUUCAAUGCCAACAUAUUGUACUUCCAGCAUGGUGAAAUUAUUAGUGCUCUCGACUUGGCUGAGGGGGAAAGGAUUGGGAGGAGUGCUUUUCCAGACAACAUCAAAUCUCUGUACCACGGCUUUGUGCCCCUAAUACUCCCGGCAUGGCUCCCCAGGGCAGGAACACUUCCGAGCAAGACGACCAAUUGCACAAGUAAGACUUUGGCAGACAUGCUGGUUCGUGUUGACAAAGACCGGAGAAACUGAAGCACGCCAGCUUAACUUAUCUUUGAUUCCUUACAAUGAACCGACAACUGAGCUGAUGGUGGUACUGGAAGACAUGGACUCUCAUUUUGGGGAAAUUCUGGGUCAAUCUUGGCAUGGUUCGUUUGCUGACGCGCUCCCUGAACCAUGUUCUUGGCGCACCAGUUAAAUAGAAUGGCUGCAUCCCAUCGGCAAUUCAGAUGGAACAGUCUAACAAAUGCACUGUUACUUGCAAGGCACGAUGCUUAUCUUCUCUGCAGAAUGUUAUUUGCACCAAAGUGUUUAGUUUUCGCCGGUUCGCUUUGCUCAUCUCUGAGGUCAAAGGAUGUGUUUGAUCGGAUUGUUUUGGUGCGCUCUCUUUAAUCUAGAAUACAAUGGCCUGAAAAAUACUCUUUCCACCGGAACAUGGGCGAUUUUUCCUGGUCUAAAUGUUAGUUUGGUGCUAUUGACCGGAGUUUAGGCCAUCAUUCCUAGUACUACAAUUUGCUUUCCGAACCUAUUAUUGACGUGUAAUCCAUCGAAUAACUUUUGUAUUCCAUCGAAUAACUUUUGUAUUCUGGUUAA